AUGACUUCACCACCAAAAUAUUGCACCAUACACAUAAUUACACAUUCACAAAAAUGCCCACUUACACAUGAUGCACUUACACAUGAUGCACUUACACAUGAUGCACUUACACAUGAUGCACUUACACACGAUGCACUUACACACGAUGCACUUACACACGAUGCACUUACACACGAUGCACUUACACAUGAUGCACUUACACAUGAUGCACUUACACACGAUGCACUUACACAUGAUGCACUUACACAUGAUGCACUUACACAUGAUGCACUUACACAUGAUGCACUUACACACGAUGCACUUACACACGAUGCACUUACACACGAUGCACUUACACAUGAUGCACUUACACAUGAUGCACUUACACAUGAUGCACUUACACAUGAUGCACUUACACAUGAUGCACUUACACACGAUGCACUUACACAUGAUGCACUUACACAUGAUGCACUUACACACGAUGCACUUACACAUGAUGCACUUACACAUGAUGCACUUACACACGAUGAUGCACUUACACAUGAUGCACUUACACACGAUGCACUUACACAUGAUGCACUUACACACGAUGCACUUACACACGAUGCACUUACACACGAUGCACUUACACAUGAUGCACUUACACAUGAUGCACUUACACACGAUGCACUUACACAUGAUACUUACACACACUUGAUGCACUUACACAUGAUGCACUUACACAUGAUGCACUUACACACGAUGCACUUGAUGCACUUACACAUGAUGCACUUACACAUGAUGCACUUACACAUGAUGCACUUACACAUGAUGCACUUACACACGAUGCACUUACACAUGAUGCACUUACACAUGAUGCACUUACACAUGAUGCACUUACACAUGAUGCACUUACACACGAUGCACUUACACAUGAUGCACUUACACAUGAUGCACUUACACACGAUGCACUUACACAUGAUGCCCUUACACAUGAUGCACUUACACAUGAUGCACUUACACAUGAUGCACUUACACACGAUGCACUUACACACGAUGCACUUACACAUGAUGCACUUACACAUGAUGCACUUACACACGAUGCACUUACACACGAUGCACUUACACACGAUGCACUUACACAUGAUGCACUUACACAUGAUGCACUUACACAUGAUGCACUUACACAUGAUGCACUUACACAUGAUACUUACACGAUGCACUUACACACGAUGCACUUACACACGAUGCACUUACACACGAUGCACUUACACAUGA